AUGGCGUCCCGCAGGUAUAAAACCCCUCCGGUGCGUGAGCUGGAGAGGCUGCUAUGGGUGAAGCGUGGCACCAACCAGGAUCUGAACGAGGUGCAGCCGGGCGUAUACAUCGGAAACAUCCAGGCAGCGAGGAAUAAGCAUCUGCUUCAGUGUCUGAACAUCACACACGUGCUGAACGCUGCGCACGGAACCUUCAGCUACAGCUCCAGCACCGGAGAAGCGUUCUACCAGGACGUCAACAUCAGCUACUGCGGCGUCCCGGCCAACGACAUCCCAUCAUUCAACAUCAGCAGAUACUUCAGUACAGCGGCAGAGUUCAUACACACCGCCCUGAGCCAGGCUGGAGGUAAAGUGCUGGUCCACUGUGCGAUGGGUGUGAGCCGCUCUGCCACACUGGUGCUGGCCUACCUGAUGAUCCAGCAGAACAUGAGCCUGGUCCAGGCCAUCACCGCGGUGUCAGAACACAGGAACAUCUCCCCAAACCCCGGCUUCCUGGAGCAGCUGAGGGAACUGGACAAACAACUGACGAGACAGAGAGCUGCAGCCGCACACACAUAACACACACACACACCCACACACACACACAUAA